CUAGUACUUGCAGCUUCUGAUGCGCUUCUUCGCUCAGUGGUGGUAGACAUGUAUGUGGGCGACAGAGGCAGAGCAACGCACCACAUCAGCCACACACGCAUGCAAGACGGUAUUGCAAACAAUUUCUGGCUCCGUUUGCAAGAGAGUCAGUGAGAGAACUGCAGCUGCACAGCAGCAGCACACAAGAUGUUUCGUGCCUACCUGGACAACUUUCUCUCUGACGUCUUCAUGACGACCGCGACCACAGGAGGUGGUUUCAGCAAAGGGUUGUCGUCAGGCGGCGCGGCGGCGAGAACCUCAAGCGUAGAGAAUUUUGCAGGCGAGACCACUUCCACUGCUCGACAUCGACGACGUCCUUCUCCGGGGCGUGGACUUUUUGCAACUACGAACUUCAACCUGCUGCCUACCUCCUGGUCGACGUGGGAGAUGAACAAUACCGGUCGCACACCGCCAGCUGUAUCAUGCAGCAGCCGGGGGCUCCCUCGAGAACCACAAGAAGUGCACGAAGAUCAUAGCACAACUGGUCGUGGCAUGUCUGCGAUUAGCAGUUGCUGUGGCGUGAAUUAUCUGAGAACAUCAAGACUUCAUCAAGGCCGGCACGAUCUCCUCCAGCGGAGGACAAGAGCUACAUCCUUCUCCUUUGCGGACAACAAGAUUUACGCCUUGGACGGUCGUUAGCGUACAGAAGUGUGAAUUUGCAGUGAAUUUGUAUUGCAUGACUUGCAUUUACUUAAAAGAGAAGAGCGCUACGUAUUAGACACACGAGCCCAAGCAUCCCACAUAGCCUGAAGGGCUGCUCGUCGCGUGGUGGCGCUUGCAGCACCAAAAGAGGUGGUCUUGCGGGGGCUCGCCGGGCUGUGUAGUGCGUAUCUAGCGACCAGAGAAGGUGGGUCGGGGGGCUCUUAUUCUUCUGCGCGUCUGCCUCAGAAGUUCCUCUCCGGAAUGGUCGGGAGGGAGGGCGACGCCUGAACACAGGGGCACUAGUUCAACAUGUAUCUAUGCUCUCACGAGUUGUGGUUGGCUCGGCUUGGACUUGGAUAUCUGGGAGCAGCCUCGGGUGGAAGGGGAGGCACGACUCGGCCGCGGACGCUAGCUUGCUUCGCCUGCUGUGUUCUGCUCACAACUCCCCACGUGUCUUUUUGCCUCCGGAGCAAGUCUUAUUCGACGUGAUCCCCAGGUCAAGAAUUUCCUUGGUGAAUUUUGGGACUUUUUGUUUUGGCGACACUUUGUUGAAGCCCCAAAACCUGGAGUUUCUCACGCGCUAGCGAAUUUUGAAAAGGAGCCGGAGGACAAAAUUCACCGGCGUCCUUUUCAAAAUUCACCCCAAAAUUCACCGAGCGCCACUUCUCGACCGUGAUAAGCAAAGUUUAGCGCAGAAAAGUGCUCAAAAAAACGCACAAGUAGACCCUGGGAAGUGGGGCCGAGGGGAAAAGACAGGCGCCCGCUGUUGCCCUAAGCGCCUCUAUAUUCUGCCGAAAAGGCCUGGAGAGUUCACGCGCCUGCCGGAUAGACGCGUCAAAGCUCUCGGCCGGGUCCUUUCGCCUUUGCUUCCGCGCCUUCAUCUUGCCUAAACUGCGCUUAUGUGCUUCGCGGCUCUUGUUUUUGGCGUGUUUGCCGCGGCUGCUGCAGUGCUUGCUCUUUUGCAAGCACAGGAAGACGAAAAGACAUGGCCAAAGAAUGACGCCCAGGCCAUGUCCAGCUGCCCGCCGCAUAAGCCUGGACAACUAACUUCUGCGGUGUGCAGAACCCACUUCCCAGAAGAGCAAAAGGGACAAUGUCCCGGCAGUCUCCUCUGCUAUUUGUCAUGCAAAAUUCACUACAAACUCACCACUUCUCAUGCUAACGGGCCGGCACGAUCUCCUCCAGCGGAGGACAAGAGCUACAUCCUUCUCCUUUGCGGACAACAAGAUUCCGAAGAACAAGGAGGAGAUGGAGUACAUGAAGAUGACGAACAAGCUCAAGGGGCGGAAGGUGUUGAAAUACAAAAUGCGGAUGAACAUGAACUUGGACCUCCCCGACAAAAAGUUCGCGGACGCCGACCCGAUUUGCCAGUCGCUCGGGAAUAUGCAUUGCAAAAGUAUCGUAAGUACUAGUACAAAUCGCAUGACAAAUCUCCUCAGCAUGAUGAGAAAUGGAAUUUGUAAUGCGGAUUGCGCUUAAACAGGAGAUUUGUAAUGCACGACUGCGAUAAACAUUACUACGACUGCGAUCCUUUUGCACAGGAUGGAAAACUGUCCCGACCGCGGGCUGUUCAGCGGUGUCCCCCCGAACGUAUGCAUUGCAAAUUAUAUGUCUGGGUCUGGACGAAAGAUGCAGGGUUUGUCAUGCUCUGCUAGCAUGAUUGUCAAGUUUGUCGUGUACGUUACCCAAACGCGCCAUUCUUCUCUCAGGUAGAAGCCCAGUGUGUCAUGCAGAACAGCCAACGCUGCAGCAUCUGCAAAAUCUGUCAUGCUUGGCAGCCAAUUGAGGCGUGCUCGUCUUUCUCCAACCAGCAUCACAAGUUUGCAGACCCAGACAUAUUUGCAUUCCAUAGAAUGGGUUUUCGGGCGAUACCGGGGACGACGACCUGGACGAGCACCCCGGGUUCGCGCCCGCACCGUAUCAAAAUGAAAAAUCCCCCCUCCCCACAUCAAAACGAAAUUUCUGAUGCUAGAUUUGCGUACACAAAUCCGAUUUGUCUUGCAGCAGAGGACUGCAGGCCCAUAUCGUGCCAAUGUAGAGAGGUUUCGGCCUAGGCGCUUAGCAUGAGGAACGUCUAUGCUGUAGGCCGAACAGCAUUACAAACCGCAUGCAUAAAAAUGGUGCGAAGCCUAUGGCGUUGCUUUCUUGCAAGACAGACAAGAUUUGUGGUCACAAAUCAGCAUCGCAAAUUCUCUGAGGCGUUCCUCUUCGAUAUGGGCAGGGGAAAUUUUUCCUGACGAUACACCGGAGGACGAGGUGCUCGAUGUCGGUGGGUCGCUGAUGCCGUGUAUUGUGUGGAAAAAUGUCCCCACCCCAUAGUCAAGAUGGGAAAUCUGCAACACAGACCCGGAAGUUUUGGGAGUCACGCAUGACAAGUCUUCCUCUGUAUUGUAGUGCAGUUUCGCAAGGACAGCCGCAUCACAAAGCCAUCUUCUCAUCCUAUUUGCAGCAUCACAAAUUGCAAAACACGAUUGGGAAUGACUCUCAUGGGGAUGCGCAUUACAAGUCUCUCUGUCUUUGCAAAUCUGCAUUACAACUCUGGGGUGGGGACGUUUUUACUCAGGAUACCGUGCGACGGGUGGGGCCGCAUCGAGCAGGCGGGGAAGUUCCCCUACAUGGGGGAAUACUGCGACGACCCACACAAUAUCGAAUGCAAAUAUGUCUGAGUCUGGGAGAUUGCGAGAUUUGUCAUGCUAGUCUGGCAUGACUCUGAGUUCUGUAUUGCAUUGCCGCAAAGAGCGUCUCUGGCCUGCCAUGCAAAGACGCAGUUUCUCAUGCGGAGUACGCAACUCAGAACCACGGCAAAACUUGUCAUGCUGGGCAGCGCAUUACAGUGUUUUCAUAAUUGCCGUGCUUGCAUCACAAGUUUCCAGACCCAGACAUAUUUGUAUUUGAUACAUAGACGGGGGUACAACAUCUGCGUCUCGGUUCUCCCCGCGGACUUCAGCAAGAGAACGGGGGGCUUCUGCUACUCGUCGUCUCUGAACCACGCGGCUUCCUCGGCCUGGUUCGGGGAAAAGAACCACAAGUGGGAGCGGCGCGCGGCCUGGCCGAAGCGUGCGGAUCCGUCCAAGCACCGGGACGUGCAAGUGGGGGUGGCGGAUAUGUACGAGGUAGGAAUAUUGAUACCAGAAGUGUUGAUGUUGACGGUUGACAUACUUAGUACCUAGGACUAAGGCAUAAGUAACUCAUCGCAAAAAAACUACCAAUUUGGAGUGUAGUUGUAAAACUAAAGGGCACUCGCACAUCAAUUCUGUUGCUACUUCGGUGCUUGUUCAUCAUUCUCGCACUGCUGCUGUCCUGUCCCUGACAGACAGAGAGACGAGACGCAAUCGAAUGAUCAGUGCAAUAAUAUUAGACCCACCUGCUCCCUCAUCAACUGCAACUACAGUGCCGCGAUGUGAAGGGGCAGUACUGGCCAGUCACCCUGCUCCAGGAGCGCGUGGAUCACAACGGGACGUACGAAGCGCUCGUUUUCGACCACAAUCUAUCCCAGAGAAAAAAGCAGACAGGGCAUAUUUGUAAUGCAAAAAUAAAUACACAGAAAAAUCUGUCAUCGGUGGCCCCAUAGCAUGCUGCUUAGGAUACGCAAUACAGAUUUUUUUGUGUAUUUAUUUUUGCAUUACAAAUGUGACCUGCCGGCUUACUUUUUUGUUUUUCUGUGUGAUACAAUCUGACCCCGCUGGGCGUUUCCGAGGUCGACGCGGGCUUCAUCCGGUCCUACGGCGGCAAGGACUUUGACGCGCCGGAUCGCGUCGUCCUCUCCAGUAUCGGCGCCGCCACUGCGUACGGCCGGUCCUACGGGCUGCAGCCCACGGAGUCUGGGACUAUUGUGGGGGGGAGUUUAGGGCGGUGGGUGGUGAAAUCCGACGUCACCGGCCAGCAGUACAACUACACGAGUAUGGAGCUCCAGCACGCCGGGCGGAAUUUCGACCGUUUAGUCGGUCCGAAAACCUACCUCCAAGUCGACAGCGAGUACAUCUGGCGGCGCGAAAAGAAGGACGACAGCAGCUCCUUUUUGGGCCACGCGCUGAGCACGGUUGGGGGCCUGUUCGACGGCGCCGAUGAGAAACACGAGGCGUUGCCGGUGGUGCUAAAGUCCAUUGACCCGGACGGGCAGCACGUGAAGCUGGAAGUCUUUGACCCGGAUAACAAGGACUGGUCAACGGCCGAGCACGUGCCAAAAAACGAGCUGAUGCUGCUUCCCGGCUUGGACACGGGACGGACGUUCGACAUUUGCCGGUCCCACAUCGCGCACCCCUACUGUAUCACGGGCCCCGCUUUGCACCGCUACAUGCACGGGUCGCCAACCAACAACGCGCACGCCGCGAUCGAGGUGAACUGCCUGGGCACGUCGGACCGAAGGACGAUGAAGGAACACGGGUUCGGCGGCAGCAACUGUGCGAGAUACAUGCGGACGCAGAUAUGCAUUGCAAAAGUAUCGUGCCCAUUAGUAUGAUAAAUUGCAACAUUACAAAUUUAUUUCCCAAGAAGAGAAAAAACAAGUGGAGGAAUCUGUAAUGCUGAUUCACCUAAGAUAAAGAUGGGGAGGUAGGGGUGUGUCAUGCAGUGUUGCUCUUACGACGAAUACGAUACCUUUGCAUUUGAUAGCAGAAGGGCUUCAACCAUUUUCGGCUCGGACUGGACGAUACUUGGCGGGACGACGGGAAUAUCAAAUGGACAAACGUUGUCAACGCGCAUCCGAUCAGCGGGGAGUCGUUUCUGUCGUAAGAUGAACUACAACAUCUUCAGUGCAGCUGCUGCUGGGGCGGUUUUGCGAGCACGAGCAGAGAGGCACUGAAGAAGGCAAGUUUUAUUCGAGGAACAAUUUUGGUGCAACUGAUACUGAUUCUGCUUCUACAUAUGAAAGAAGUCGAUUGAUGUGAAUACUGAACUGUUUUUCAUUUUUUACUAUACUUUUUUGCUAUGGAGAACGAAGACAAUUAGUAUUAUUCCCGUUUCGGUUUCCGUUUCUCCAAUGUUGAGUCAAUUGAAAAAUGCACGAAAAGAAAAGAAAUUGCAAUUUUUGCGAAGCCAACUUCGAAAUAGAAGAAAAAUAUCAAAUUCAAAUCAGCGUACGCUACGACCACGAAGCGCGUGACACUGCUGCUUUAU